CGCCAUUCUUGCGAAAACAAGCCAACAAAGAGAUGUUCUCAAUGCCGACGAUGCACGAUACGAUGCUCUUCUUCUCGAGACGCAAACUGAUACCCCGUCCCUCACAACGCGACGGGCACGGGUAAGCACAGAGAAGGUUUUCCCCAGGUCACAAACCCCACAAAGAUGCCGCCUAUCCGGCAUAUCCGCUGGUGCUGGGCCAUGGUUCAAAGCCCGUGUUUAGGCGCGGAUAUUGCUGCCGGAUCGCUACGUCACCUAAACAAACCCCCAAAUUGACUACAAAGGUUUUCAACGUCUAUGACACUUUGUCGUGUAUACUCAGGUAGCUGUUGCAUGAGAUGGCAAUCUAGAGAUGUCGGCUCUGAAGCCGAACCUGAAAACGUGGUGCAGCGUGGAGGACUGGAAGGAGCGCAUCAUCACAGCCGAUCCAUCAUGGUUCACUGUACCUAUGGGAACGGGCGUAUGCACGCAACUGCUAACCCAUUUUCCCUACUCGGCACAAUGGCUCACGACCAUAGCAUGCCUCUUUUGGAUCGUUGAUAUAUGCAUCUUCACCUUCUUCAUGACCCUCGGCGUUCUCCGGGUCUUUCUGUAUCCACACGUCGCGAAGAAUGUCCUCCAAGACUUCUCGCAGACCAGCUACCUCGGAGCAAUAGCGGUGGCCUUCGAAACCAUCAUCCUCGGCAUCGUCAGCUUCUACUCGCACCAUUCAUCAGCCAUGUACGUCGCCGAAGCCAUGUUCUGGAUUGCCGCGGCAAUGAGCUGUUUCGUGGCUUUUGGCGGCCUCUUCAUCAUGUACGAGCGCCAACCGCAGCACUCUUUCAAUGAUCUCAACGGGGCAUGGUUCCUGACUUUCAUCCCUCUCAUCGUCGACUCCACGGUUGGCGGCGCCAUUUCACCGUACCUCGCGUACAAGAACAGCAUCACUGUGUUGGUUAUCUCAUUCCUGAUGUGGUCCGUAGGCGUGGGAAUGUCGUUGGUCAUUCUCUCAUUGCAUAUCUGGCGAUUGAUGAGCUGCAGCCUGCCACCGAGGGUGGCUAUCAUCAGUACUUUUGUCCCAGUCGGCCCUUUCGGCAUGGGCGCAUACUCCAUCCAGCAGCUGGCCGUCGGUUUGGCGAGUCAAGUUAGAGAGCAUAAGUUUACUCUGACACGUCCUCCGCAGCCCCCAAAUGAUGCGGCGACCAUGGCCACCAUUGCUGAAGGCAUCCACUGGACCGGCAUCAUCGUCGCCCUGUUCCUACUCGGGCUAGCCUCGUUCUUGCUGGUUGAAGCGUGCUUCUCGAUAUAUGCGAGGGUGCCAAAGACGUUCAAUGUUGGAUAUUGGAGCUUCGUUUUCCCUUGUGGCGUGUAUGCCAAUGCGUGGAACGAAAUGAGCCAGGACAUUCGUAGCAGCGGUAUGAAAGGAUGGGGUGCAACCUGCAGUACUGCCGUGGUGGUACUGUGGCUGUUCUGUGCCUUGAUGAGUUUCUACAAAGGCGUCUGGCAAGGCAAAUUGUUCUUUGCUCCAGGUCUGCAGGGCUGGUUAGAACAGCAGGAGGUGGAGAAGAGGAUGAAGGCAGAGUCGAAGCCGGAGGAUGGUAGAGACGGUCUCGAUCGCGGUGACAGAGAGCUCGGUUAUUCGCUGAGCAGACAGCCCCAGUCGGAUGGCAGUUACAGGUGCGAAAGGAGGAAGACGACCAACGGCGACAGGAGUGUUUGAUCUGUCGAAAAAUCUGAGAUCUGUUCCUAAGAAGCACAACUGG